AAAAUCCUUCAUGAGCUCCAAGGCAUCAGUUUACUUGCCAGGUAUAUGGAGUCUGUCACUGCUCUGUGUAUGUCGUGUGGGGAGCAGGCGUUUGCCACGCAGAAGCUGGUCACAAUGACCUAAACUGUCUGCCACUCAGCAUCAAAGAGUCUGGGUCAUUGAGAGUGGCGCUCACAGGGUAAGUGAUAAGUUCUGACGAGGUUAUCUGUGACUGUGUGCUGUUUGUUGUCACUGUUUUGGCAUGUCUGGCUUAAACCAGAGAGAGUCAGCAUAAGACACUCAAAGAAUUCUGGAUGAAAAUCUGCAGGCAGUGGUGGCAAAAGUAUAAAAUCUUUUUAAAACAUUAUUUAGAGGGAAAUCAAUUCAUUUUUAAAGCAUUUAAAAAAAAUUAGACUAGCAUUUUCUAUGCACACAGUCUUUAUACCCCAGAGAUCAUUGUAAUUAAAGUUAAUUUAGAUAAUGGUUUGAAAGUGAUGUCAAAGUGAGUGCCUUGAGGCAUUUCAAGCUAAUAGGUGCUUCUAGAUGAGUUUAACUCUGUAACAUAACAGGAAAUGAUUUGUGUUUAAACAAUGGAAAAAUACGCUAACAGUGACAAUAAUGAGUUCAGUUUUUUUCCUGCUGACAAUAAUUUCACAAUUAUAAUUAUUUUACUAUUGAUUUUACUGUUACUACUUCCUUUUUGCUUUAAAUUUGAUAACAUUAUUUAAAAAACAUUGUCCAUCAUAACAUUCAUCUGUUCAUAGGACCUUGGCUCAGAGUAAUGUUUUCACAGUUAAUAGUAGAAUUUUCCCAUCAUGUUUUGUUUUGCAAAGCAAACUUAGAAAACUCAAAGAAGGUUUUUUUAUUCAGAUUAAAUUCAUUCUUCGGUUUUUCAGAGAACACCUUCACACCACAGUUUUGGGUUCAAAACUGGUUAUCCCAUCAAGAACUAUACUGAGGCAAAAAUUCUGCUUCCUUUAACAUUUCCUUUUUCCUACUUAAACUUUGCAUUCCAGGGCUUUGUCCUGGCCAUUAUUCAAAUACUUAAAGAGUAAGGUUUUGUAUUUCCAACCAUCCAGUGUUUUCCUGCCCCUUAUCUGAGUAGGUUGUGGGGUGCAGUAGUCUCUUCUGACACCUCGUCCAGCUCUUCUGAGUGCACAACAAGCAUUCCCUAGCCUGCCAAGCAGCACGAUCUCUCCAGUAUAUCCUGGGUGUACCCCAGAUUUUCCUCCCAGUUAGACAUGCAGAAAAGACCUCACCUAAGAGGCGUCCAGGAGGCAACCUGGUCAGAUACCCGAACCACCUCACCUCAACCACCUCAUUUCAAUGUGGAGGAGUAGAGGCUGUAUUCUGAGUCCCUCCUGAAUGGCUGAGCUCUUAAAUAUAUCUCUAGUGCUGAGUCCAGACAUCCUUCACAGGAAGCCCAUUGCUUGUAUCUGUGAUCUAAUGCUUUUUAGUCACUACCCACAGAUCAGGGCUGUAGGUGAGGGAAGAAGCGUAGAUUGGCCAGUGUAGUUUUUCUUAAUUUUUUUGCCCAAUGCUUUGAUAUUUGGGAAAGUACUAAUGAGGAUUGAUGACACUUUGCCAUCGCUUCAUUUCUAUUUCCUUGUGUAAACGAAUACCAACUCUGACUGUGGUAGACUAUGGCAAAGCUCCUCUCCACAACCGAUAGCAGUGUGCUACUGGGAGCCCUGCUAGCACUCACCACUUUGGCUGAGAGCAUAAAAUUUAAAGAGGAGAUUGGGAAGCUACUGAUAGUGGAGAGCCUCCUUGUAAUACUUCAGGAAUACGACCUCCUGUCAAAGAGAAUGAGUGCGGAGCUGCUGAGGCUGCUGUGCCCGGUUCAGAUCAUCAGGGCUCAGGUGAGGGAGCUGGACGGUCUGCCGGUAUUGCUGAGCCUGUUGCAUGGCCAGCACCUGAAGCUGCUAUGGAGUGUCACCUGGGUGCUGGUCCAGCUCUGCGAGGACCCCGACAUCAGGGUGGAGAUCAGAAGCUGGGGUGGCGUGCAGCAGCUCCUCCGGCUGCUCGACAGUGAUAGGCAGUACAUCUCCGACCGCUCGUCCAUUGAGGCGCUCUCCAGUGCCAACGCAGCCGGUCGCAUCCAGAGAGAGCACAUGAGGGAGGAGCUCAGCCCUCAGGAGGUGGUGGACAACAUGAUCGCACUCCAGUCAGCCUGCUGUACAGCUCUGACUGAGUUGAGUCUAGAUGACACAUCUGCUCACCACAUUGUUCAGGAAAAUGGCAUCUACAUAAUUGCAAAAUUGAUUAUACCAUGUGACUCUGGAGAAACAAUCACUUCCUUACAGUGCUAUGCAUUCCGGGCGCUCCGAUUUCUCUUUAGUGUGGAAAGAAAUAGACAUCUGUUUAAGAGACUCUUUCCCACAGACCUCUUUGAGCUGUUUAUUGAUGUUGGACAUUAUGUGCGGGACCUCGCAGCCUAUGAGGGCCUGCAAACCAAAGUUUCACUCUACACUAAAGAGGAACUGGACAAUCUGAGAGAAGGCUUUGAGACAGUGGACCAGAACCGACCUCCUCUCAGAGUGAUCAGUGGCUACUCUAUAUUGGACCAUCUGGGCACCGGGGCCUUUGGAAGUGUCUUUAAGGUCCAAAAACAGAGCGGCCAGAACAUCCUGGCGUUGAAGGAGGUGAAUCUACACAACCCUGCGUUUGGCAAAGACAAGAAGUCCAGAGACAGUAAUGUGGAGAAAAUCAUCUCAGAGCUCACAAUCAUCAAAGAACAGAUGACACACCCGAACAUUGUUAAAUAUUACAGGACUUUUCUGGAAGGUGACAAGCUGUACAUUGUGAUGGAACUGAUUGAGGGAGUAUCACUGGGUGAACAUUUUAACUCUCUGAAGGAAAAACAGCAGCAGUUCACCGAAGACAGACUUUGGAAUAUAUUCAUACAGAUGUGUCUGGCAUUGAGGUACCUGCAUAAGGAGAAGAGGAUAGUCCAUCGCGACCUGACGCCAAACAACAUCAUGCUAGGGGAGAAAGAUAAAGUCACCAUCACUGACUUUGGCCUAGCUAAGCAGAAGGAGGAGAACAGCAAGCUCACAUCAGUGGUGGGCACCAUCCUUUACUCCUGUCCAGAGAUAGUGAAAAACGAGCCGUAUGGAGAGAAAGCUGACAUCUGGGCUUUGGGUUGCAUCCUCUACCAGAUGGCCACCUUACAGCCUCCAUUCUACAGCAGUAACAUGCUGUCACUGGCCAGCAAGAUUGUGGAGGCCGAUUAUGAGGAAAUUGAAGAAGGUACUUUCUCAGAGAGAGUCAUCGACAUGAUCAAAUGGUGUUUGAGUCCAGAUCCAGAUCUGAGACCAGACAUUAUAGCUGUGAGUUCCAGGAUCUCUGACCUCAUGAUGAAGCUGAUGGAUGGACUCUACACUUCCCAGAAUUCACUGGAAAGAAAAGCAGAGCGAGACAGGAAACGGGCACAGAAGUUCUUCCUAGAAAGAGAUAAAAUUAGGGCGACCUGCUCUCACUCAAACAUGUCACAGGAAACACCCCUGAUGAAGACUGAGUAUGCACCUUCAUGCUCCUCUACAGCCUGCAGCUCAAACCACAGCAGAGAGCAGAGACUCACUCAGGGUGACAGCCCUGAUGAAGAUCUUGAAACAUCCCAAGGCACAGACACUACCACCAACUCUACAGGAAAACACUACGUUUUAAUCAAAGGCUCAAAGUCAGCUGCCUGUGCUACACCUGAUCAUAUUUUAGUCAGUGGGGAUUUUGCAGCUGUAAAGGUGAAACCAAGGCCAGUGUCAGCAGGAAUCUGCGUCUCACAGAAGAAGCUUCGCCAGAUUGAUGAUCCCAUUCAGAGGCUUCUGGUGCAGCUGCACAAAAUUAUCUUCAUCACUCAACUUCCACCAGCUCCACACCACAACAUUAAACGGCGCCUUGUUGAAAGAUUUAAAAAGUCUCUUUUCCAAUUUGGCAGCGAUCCGUACAACCUGAAAGUGGAGCUCAGCAAGCUCCUCCAGGCGUCUCCAGAGCUGUUGGCAUUUGGUUUAAUCAGUUCAGAUUGGUGGCCUCUGAUCCACCACUUCACGGGAGACAUCCAUACCACUGACAGCACAGUUGAUGUGAAUCUCAGAGACGGAGUUACAUAUCACCAGAUGCAGGGGAUCAUUGAGGAACUCCUGAAUGAGAACAGCUACUAUGAACCAACAAACAGCAGGCUCAAAAAGAAAAGAAAUGACCAAGAAAAGAAGUAACAGUUAUCGUCACUCAUCCCUAAAAACUCAAACUUUAAAUUUAUUUGGAGAAGAAUGAGUUCACAAUGAUACUUCACCACUGCUUGAAAUCUAAUGAACAUUUAUCCCAACCCUCAUUACAAAACAUAUUCUCAUUUAACAUAAAAAGAAUAUAAAAGUGGUAAAUACAUACAUUAAUUUGUUUGCACAUAAACAUGAUUACAGUGAUAUUUUACCACAGUGCUCAUAGUCAUGUUGUAACCUCCUCUUUUGUUCUCUGGCAUUUUUGUUUUCUCUUUUUCCCAUAAAUGUGAUGUGACUGUAUGAAUCUCCAACGAUAUAUUAAUGUAUAUAUAUAAAUAUAUAUACAUAUCUAUAGAUAGAUACGUAUGUAAUUAACUUUGAGACUUACUGUUAUUCUGUUUUCAGUUCAUGAUCAAAAUUUAAAACUUGUUUAAAAUGUUUUUUUUGAAUCACUUUAUACUCUCGGGCCCUGACACUGCAUGUCACAACAUGUGUUUUUCAAGUGGCUGCAAGCCACAGUGACCUUGUUUGCUUUCUAAGAACUGAUAAGAUGCAGCACAUUGACCUUAAUUCAACAUAUCACAAUUUCUGUCUAGAUUUGAAAUGAAGAAAAACAGGUCAAAUGUUUUGCACUGUAAUAAAAUGCACUCAAUCAGCAUUUUCACUAUGAAGAAGAUCUAAAAUAUGACUGACAGCUGAAGAAAAGCUUUCUUUUGCACUUUGACUCACUGUUAUCUGUAUAAAACUAUAUUAAAAUGUUUGUAUUAAUAAACAUUAUUUAAUUCAGCAAA